AUGCCUAACAGGUUAUCCAAGAUACUCUCGCGGUCCUCCAAGGACAAGGAGGCUGAAGCCAACACUGAAGAUGACAACUCUUCCUCCUCCUCUCCACCUCCCGAGUAUGCUCAACCGCUGCCAGACUACGAUGAGGAGAACAUCCUCACACCACCAGACCUGACUACUGGCUUCUCGAACCUGAAUUUGAGCUCUCAGAAGAACGAUACACCACAAGUCGAUCAUUGCAUUGCACACCUCAAAUUGCUGGAAUGCUUUUACCGUUUGCGCCAGAGAGUGGCCUCGAAAGACGGCCUUUUUUGCAUCUACAACAACAUCGUGCUAGACAAGGGACUGCCAUCGGGUGAUAAGGAAGCUCGGGCUCUGGCGAAACUGUCUGAAAAACGAUGGGCCGUCUACGUCUCUCGAGCCGUCGGUCGAUUCGAAGCGUGGAUCAACUCUUUAUUCCCAAAUCCCCGGCCGCUGAAGUGUGCAGAGUUCAUGGUGUACGGCAAGGCGGGAACAUUGUGCGAACCCACACAGAUGAGUCGUCGCUUGACGUUUAAUAAGAGCAACAUGCCUCCUAUGGACGUUCUCAUGGUGUGGCAUGCGUAUAUGCUCAACCCAAGAGCGUACCUCGAGGACUGUCUGCGGAAUGGGUGGAUGACGUUGUGGCACACCGGCUUUCCCUGGCAGUCGGCUAUAGACUGCAUCGACUCCAAUACAUUUGCGUACGAAGCUGGCGAUGAAGCCGCGACGAAUUUUGCGAGAUCCACCAACUGGAACCAGCUUCGCGACGCGGACGUCGCGCGAUUCAGCUGUCCAGGCUGCCUUGGCGGAGUCCAGAGUCCUUGGACCACCGUUUCGGAAAAGGCUGCCAGAUUGCUCUCCGGGUGCCAUGACUGGGACAGUCUGUCGAAAGGAGUGGACAACGUACUGUCGUCUGGUCGCGGCUUCGCAGACAAAGACUUUUCCAUGCGCUGUCCGUAUUGUAUGACGGAUAUCAAUCAUGAGAGGUUGAAGGCUGCCAAGUUCUGCAACGACGCCAGGAAGCUCAUCAAGGAUGAUGUGAUGAUGCCAGGCACUCCUCUUGGUUAUGAAGGGAUUCCGCUGAAGUGGGGGAAGAAGUCCGAUACUAUGUUUGCUUACUUUGGCAAAAUGGGUCCUUUCGCGAAUCGAUUCGUCAAGCUGGGCCUGGGGAUGAGCAUCAUCAAUGAGAAUGCGAAGAGAAACUCAAAAUGCUCGACCAUGACUGGGAUACGCGAUCAGAUUGAGAAGCAGAUGACGGAUCGGCGGUAUAUGAGCACCGUCAAGUGCAGCUUUGGGAUGCCGAAACUGAGUAAAGCAGAUCGAGUCAGCAUCAGGAAGAUGAUGAGUAGAUACUGGGAGAACAGCUCACCGUUCGCACUCGAUCUUGUCGGGGCUGUCAUUCGGCAGGGAAGCUUCAUCGAGAAGAUGCAUAACAUUGACUGGCUUCAUUCGCCGGCUCUGCCCAACACUAUGAAGCGGCUGUUGGUCAAAUAUCAGCGGUUCGUUUCGAUCAUGAAGGAUCCAACGCAUAUGGCUGUGCCGACGCUGGAUGUUGAUCUCGCAUGGCACACACAUCAGCUGUCGCCGUAUCCUUAUAUGGCGUAUACUAUUGCCAAUACCGGGCAGUUCAUCGAUCACGACGACAAAGUGGCAGAGACCGCAUUGAAUGACGCCUUUGCCUGGACCAGCAAGACCUACCAGAGGCUCUACGGCGAGCCAUACUCUGAGUGCACCUGCUGGUACUGCGAAGCGACCCGGGAAUCGCACACGAAUGUCGCCUCUCGGCUCUUCAACACUUGGAGCAACCAAGCCAACGACUCCCUCGUGCACCGCAGCUCCCAGGACCCGCGGAAAAGCGUCCACAUCUCAGUGCAUAAUGCUGUUCGUCCGGAUGAUACCGAGUACGCUGUAGGUGCGAGACAGAAGGCCGCUGAAUUGGAGAAGGCAUACGAGAAGGCCUGUGAGAGGGCACGGAAGAGAGGUCGUCCGGAGCCCAAGAGGGAUGACUAUUACUGGAGUGAUGCGUACGGACAUGCAGUUUACAUUCCUGCAUAUUCUCCGUACGUUGGGGGGUACAUGUUCAUGCCGGCGUACUAUCCUGUGGCGCCGGCGUGUAUGGCGAUGGGGGUUGGAGCGGCAGGGAAUUGCUGUAGUGGGACUUGUGGUGGAGGGGUUGCUGCUGGUGCUUGUGCGGGAGCUGGGGGAGGUUGUGGUGGGAAUGGUGCUGCGGGGGGAGGAUGUGCAGGAGGAGGUGGUGGUUGCGGGGGAGGGGGAGGAGGGGGUGGUGGGGGCUCGCGCACUCAUGACGCUGCCCCAAUCCGUCUCAUCGAGCGCAUAACCAUUGUCGCAUCUCCUUCGCCGCCCGACCAAGGUGCAGACCGCAACAGCGGACCUUCUCGUCUCAGCGAUCAGGCCACCCUACGCCCUACUCCAUCUCCGCCUAAAGACGCCGCAAAGCACAUCACUGGGCCAGCUCCUUCCGGCGACCGCCUCACAACCAGCGUGGCUGACAAGCGCGAAGGACAAGGUUCUCAUGAGGCCACGAGCGGCGAUGCGUCAGAGCAGCCCUCGCUUCAGGGCGACAGUUCGACAUCCGGAGCUCCAGCCAAGAAGAAGAAAGAGAAGGGCCACACAUACAAAGGUCUUUGGAAGGUCCCUUCGACCGUACGCAUGGCGCUUCAGAACAAGUCUUUCCAAGAAGGAGUGGUGCAGGCUCGUCGCCGCGUCUCACCGAUUGCCCGGGACUUGCAGGCUCGCGUUCUGAAGAAGGACGGUUCUGCGGGCGCGGAGGGCGACAGGGCUUGA